UGCGACAAUCCAACUGUCAAAAAGGCGCAAAAUUCUGAAAAUCAGCAAGCUGUUACAAAUUUAUUUUAUUAAAAAAUAUCCCAAAUAUUUAUUUUCACUAGGCUUUAAAUGUGUUUAUUAAAAUAUAAUGAAGUGUUUUAAUACUUUCUGUUAUAGUAUAGCAUAGAAAAGUAAUUAUUGCGUUAAAUUUUUUUCUAAUAAGCUGAUGAAAUAAAAUUAAGUGAUAAAAAUGAGUAAUGAUCAAAGUUCGCUUAUGCCCUCGGAUGAAAACGAAAAUUUAACAUCGAUAAAAUUAUCACCAGUGCAAAUACAACAAGAAUAUUUUGAAAAUCUGCCGGAUUGUGAUUGGGUCAAGUAUGAAAUAAGUAACCGUAAACAUUUGCAACAGAAUAUUGCUUUUGCUCUAUUCGGCACUCCAAGCACUGAAGGGGAUUUAUUAGCAGACAAUGAGAACGCUAAUUUAGAAGGUUAUACAUCCCGACAGAAGGAAAAUGUUAUUAAAGUGUAUAACAAAAUAUGUGAACAGAGCCAAUACUCUCAAAAUGACCAAGAUAUCUUCCUGUCAAUAUUACUUGUUGUAUGCGCUACACCAAAGCCCCUGAAAUUCUAUCAGUUAGCACCAUCAAACUAUUGGAUGGACCUUCACAAAAAAACGGAUAUUGAUAUGCAGUUCACAGCUGUGUUUAAAGUUCGGAAAUGUAUACCCACUACUGUUGGCGCUAAAUCAUGUCGAGUGUACAUAGAUGACCAUGCAAGAGUGUACCAAGACUGGACAUCAUACUUAACCAACAACACCUUACCAAAAUGUGUGAUUAUCGCUCCCGAAAAUGGAGAAUAUGAAGGAGUUAUUACUGAGGGUGAACAUUUCGCGGUCAAAUUAACAGUAACACCGUCUCCGUCACUCGGUCUCAAAUCCCGAGUACUGAGUACGGUGGACACCGCAAGUACCGUAGCAUCGUUGGGAGCGGUCGGUGUGUUGGGUGUUGCUGCGUUCACGCCUGUUGGGCCGGUUGUACUUAUUGGUGCUACUGUAGCGACUGUGGCUACGGGAUUGUAUGGCCUUGUACGAUCUUCGUUGCAUCUACAUGAUAGACGCGUUCAUGAACAGAGUAUAAGCCCCACAGACGCCGAGGCUCGCGGCAGUUGGCUGAACAUAGCUGCAUCUAGCGUGGGCUUAUCAGCCGGUGCCGCUAGCACUAUGCUCGCACGUUCUGCGGCCGCAGGCACUAACUUGACCAAGGCUGGCCAAGCCCUUACAAUAUCAGUAGAAGUACUACGCCAUGCGAAUAUUGUCACGGGCGCUGCGGGCUUGCUCAACAACUUUGUGCAUAUUAUACUUAAGUACCACAAGCACGGUGAAAAGCCAACAAGUCUGGAAUUGUUCCAAUUCUCGACAUCACUGCUGUUUUUCUUUCAAGCGGCCGUCUCGAACCGCACUGCGCAAAACAUCAUCGAAGAUGCGCAAGCGAAUACGAUCAAUGAAUAUCGCGCUACGCUUAGAAGUAAUAGACAUAGGAAAAUAUUCGACAAAAUCAGCGCAGAGUCGCGCCGCGUGGCCGGCACGAUCCAAGGCAACGCUGAAGUUAUCAACGGGAUAAAGAACAUCGCGAACAAGGACCAGUACUUCUCGGACGUGCUCCGAAUCAACAAGGACAUAAACCAGCAUAAAUUGCGAAUAUCCAUGACGUCAGAUGGUCGCGUGAAUUUGAACGCGGCGCACAAAUUUGACCCCUCACAGCUAUAUGGUUUGGGCAAAGAAGGCCGGGCUCAGUUGUUCUCGACCCUUGGGCCAGCGAAACUAAACGCGCCAAAUGUUGCCACAAGAGUGACGACCACCACAGCGGUACAAACGUACACGCAAGAGGAAGAAGGCGACUCGAUAUUGGUGGGGAUAAACCCGGGAGAGGUUUUACGCAUCGGUACGUACUUGGUGCGUAUAAGCACGUCCGGAACCGAGAAUAUAUCAGCCCUUCUAGAAAAUGUCAGUCGAGACGUGUACGACGCCUUGAUGACUGUCGCUCUCAAUCUCGUAUCUAAACUGAUUCCAGCGGAUAUUGCCAAAUUAAAACUUCUCAGCCCUGAUGAAGAUUUAAUACAGCAAAUCGUGAAAUUCGUCUUCAAUUACUUGAAGCAUGAACGGCCGAUGGGCGACCCUUGCCGAGAAACGGAUAAUGGUAUCAUGAUUGUCCUCAAGGAGUUCUUUCAAGACGGCAUCGUGAGACAAGAUACGAUUUUGUACUUGAAAAACUGCCUCGUUCGAUGGAUUGACGAAGAAUUGGACAAACGACGCCAAGAGUUUCCUAACAAGAAACAAGUUGUAUGCGAUGCCUGCCAGGGAAUAAGAUUUGCUUAAAGUUUAUAUAAAAAAAAUAUAUAUAUUUACUAUUAUUGGGGGUUCAUUGGGGAACAAGCACAAAGUGGCUACAUAAAUAUUGUAUUCCUAAAAAAACAUAUCAAAAUUUUAGAUCGAAAAUUUUCACUAUUUAUUAUAUUGUAUUGUAUUGAUGAAGCUAUUUACAAAAAGUACGAAUGUGGUAAAUUUAAGAGCACUGUGAUAUAAAGAGGCGUUUCUUAUAUUAUACAUAUAAGAAAAAAAGAAUAAUCAUUUUGAAAUAGAAGCAUGUAUUAAUGUUUUAUUGUUAAGAUUCAUAUUAUUCUUAUUAUAUUUUAAAUAUAAUUAUUAUUGGAAUGUAAAACUCAAUGUAUUUUAUUGAUAGU